UGGGGUAGGGGUGCGGUGGGCCAGGGGUCAGGAGAUGGCGGGCGGGGAGCGCCGCCACGUGCCCGGGUGCGGCCCCGCCCGAGCCCGCCAGUGACUCAGCCGCGCGGCUGUCGAGGAACACGGACUCGAGGGGCGUCGGGGACUGUGGGAUUCGGCGUGGACGCCAGGGAUGCGCGCCGCGCUCGGGAGGAGAGAGAAAACCAACCCCCUUUCCGCCCGGGCCGCGCUCGGUGACCCCUUGCCCCUAGCCCAGGCUCCGGAAGCCGCCCAGCCCUCGGCGGCGGGUCGGAGGAGGCGGUUUCACCGCGGCCGCCGCACGGCCGUCCCGCCCGUCCCGCCCUCCCCAGGUGGCUGUGAGCGCACAUCUGACUGCGAAGAAACCCAAAGGGCCCGAAGUGGGACUUUCCCUUUCUUGAAAAAGUUGCCACUCUUGCAACUUGAGUAUUCUUCCGCCUCGAAAAAUAGCCCCGCCUGUUAAGCCCCGCGGGUGUCCGCGCUCAGUGACCUCUGCAGACACAGGCCAAGGGGCACGGCCGGUGAUCCAGACAUUGCCUGCCCGGGGCGGGCGGGGCUGGGAUGUGGGGUGAGGCCCUGGGCUAGAGCCGAUCCAGAGAAGGGACAAUCCUCUAGACUGAGAAUGGGCCCUGGUGAACCCAACCUGCACGACCCGAGAAGACGCUGGGGACAGAAGUGGCCCCGGUGGGUGCCUUCAGCUAUGAGAGCGACUAGAGGAUUUGGCCAAACUCUUCUUUGCUUUCUUAUUACUUGAAUAAGUAAAAUCAAGGGUGGUGAGGCGGCAGCGCGCACGGCUUCGCCCCCGCCCCUUCCGCCAGGCGGGAGACACGUCCCCAGCCCGCCUUCCUUUCCCGCAGGGUCCACAUGGGUCGGGCCGGGCGCGCUCCCGUGCAGCCGGCUCCGGCCCCGACCGCCCCAUGCACUCCCGGCCCCGGCGCAGGCGCAGGCGCGGGCACACGCGCCGCCGCCCGCCGGUCCUUCCCUUCGGCGGAGAUGGGGGAAGGAGGAGUCAUCCCGUUUAACCCUGGGCUCCCCGAACUCUCCUUAAUUUGCUAAAUUUGCAGCUUGCUAAUUCCUCCUCCUUUCCCCUUCCUUCCUUCUUCUGGCUCACUCCCUGCCCCGAUACCAAAGUCUGGUUUAUAUUCAGUGCAAAUUGGAGCAAACCCUACCCUUCACCUCUCUCCCGCCACCCCCCAUCCUUCUGCAUUGCUUUCCAUCGACCUCUGCAAAUUUUGCAAUAGGGGGAGGGAUUUUUAAAAUUGCAUUUGCAAAGUUCGGUGUCUGGGCUGGCGAGUGGGGGAGGGAGGGAAUGGGGAGUAGGCCCCGCCCCUACCGUCCUUUGCAAAUAAAAAUCUAGCGGGGCGGGGGGGGGAGGAGCAGGAAGUGGCGGUGCGAGGGCUGCUGCACAGCGAGCAGAGCCGCGGUCCGGACGGCAGCGCGUGCCCCGAGCUCUCCGCCUCCCCCCGCCCGCCAGCCGAGGCAGCUCGAGCCCAGUCCGCGGCCCCAGCAGCAGCGCCGAGAGCAGCCCCAGUAGCAGCGCCAUGGCCGGGUGGAACGCCUACAUCGACAACCUCAUGGCGGACGGGACCUGUCAGGACGCGGCCAUCGUGGGCUACAAGGACUCGCCCUCCGUCUGGGCCGCCGUCCCCGGGAAAACCUUCGUCAACAUCACGCCAGCUGAGGUGGGUGUCCUGGUUGGCAAAGACCGGUCAAGUUUUUACGUGAAUGGGCUGACACUUGGGGGCCAGAAAUGUUCGGUGAUCCGGGACUCACUGCUGCAGGAUGGGGAAUUUAGCAUGGAUCUUCGUACCAAGAGCACCGGUGGGGCCCCCACCUUCAAUGUCACUGUCACCAAGACUGACAAGACGCUAGUCCUGCUGAUGGGCAAAGAAGGUGUCCACGGUGGUUUGAUCAACAAGAAAUGUUAUGAAAUGGCCUCCCACCUUCGGCGUUCCCAGUACUGACCUCGUCUGUCCCUUCCCCUUCACCGCUCCCCACAGCUUUGCACCCCUUUCCUCCCCAUACACACAUAAACCAUUUUAUUUUUUGGGCCAUUACCCCAUACCCCUUAUUGCUGCCAAAACCACAUGGGCUGGGGGCCAGGGCUGGAUGGACCGACACCUCCCCCUACCCAUACCCCUCCUGUGUGUGGUUGGAAAACUUUUGUUUUUUGGGGGUUUUUUUUUUCUGAAUAAAAAAGAUUCUACUAACAA